GUCGCAUCUUGAUAGACGGCGUGGUCGAACCUCGGUCAUAGGUACACUUAUCGUCUAUUGGGUGAACACAUACAGUUAAACAGAUGUACCACACAUAGGACGUUCACGCAUUCAUGCAUACCAAAUAGGAAGAAAAAAAGGAGCCGGUGGGGCAGUCUAUGAUGGAGACCGUAAAGGAGGGGCCGCUAAAUAUAAGCUAAACGGAUUGUCCCAUGGACCACACGAAAUUUGACUUCACACGGAGUUUCGGUGAAAUCUGAGUUCGUAGAUCCACCGGUAUCUACGAACUUCCUUUAUCUUGUACAAACGCGUCGUACUGCAAUCAAGUUUUUAUCACACGAUCUUGUGAAACUCACAAGGAGUCAUGAAGCUGCCAAAGAAAAUCUUGAUUUUGAUGACCGUCGUCGUUUUCACCGCUGGACAAAGCAUCGACGAAUGUCUGAAGCAAGACAGCAUAUCCUGCGUGCAGAAGUCACUAUACAGGACCGCCAAGGAAUUUUUCGCCAAGGAUAAACUAGAGCUUGUAAAAGGAGUCAGCCUUGUAAAGAGUAAUGCUGACGCCAGGUCUGGCAAAGAACUUGCUUACGAUCAAGAGAUGGAAGGUGCUAGCGACAUCGCGGAAAGACAGAACUCCCUUGAGAACUUUAUUAGCGAAGAAGCUGGACAAUUUUUGACCGGUCGCAGUCUUAGGAUUAAUCUCGCAUCUGCUUUCGAGAAGAUCCGUGAAUCGGCUCGUGCUAUCAGUGAGUCUGCUCCGCCAGAAAUUCGUCAGGCCGUCGACGAGAUUGUUGAAGCUCGAGGCAAGAAAAAGGGAAUUCUGAAAGGAAUUCUGCCCCUCCUGAUUGCCGCGAAAGUGAAGCUUGGUAUUUUGGGAGCUCUCACAUACUUCGUUACCGGAUUCUUAGCGAAGAAGGCGAUCGAAGUGUCCGUCGUUUCCCUCAUCAUCUCCGCUUUCAUAGCUUUGAGGAGUUUCUGGUCAGGCAAAACCUACCAUCACGACGUCACUCCGUACAAUAAUGGCUGGAGCGGUGGAUGGUCAGGACCCGUCAGCGGUGGAUGGUCCAGUCCCGUGGUAUCUGGUGGAUGGGCCAACGGUGUUUCUUCCGGAGGAUGGGAAGAUCCUCACGCGCACAGCCAAGCAUACUCUGGAUAUCAUCACUAAUGACGAUCAUUGAUAUAUUUUUUUCUUUUCCAUUUUUUCAUUGAACAACGGGCGAUGGGAAGAACGAAAUGUUGGCAGAAAUCGGAUGACUUAAGUCUCACGUUGAUCUUUAUUCAUGCGAUCAUGGAGAUAUUUAUUCUUAUUUAUUUUAUUAUUAAAUAUUAUUUAAUAGUGAAUAGGGUAUCUCUCUGGCCCUUUCGUGAUGUACAUUAAAACACUCGCUCGCGUACGCGUAUGCAGAUAGAUCGAUAAAUAUAAUCAAACUGAAAGGCUAGUCACACACGUAUGAUUGGUGAAGACGUAACUCGCUAAUUACGGAAUACGAUAUUACGUAUAUGUAUGUAUUACGACUUCGCCAUCGCGACUUUAGCGCGAGUUUUAGCGCGAUCACAAUCUAUGUAAUAGAACUUCCUCAUUGCAGUUAAUUCACAGUUACAUCUAGUCCAAUACGAUGUCCAAUAUGCAACAUAUGUCCAAUAUGCAUAUUUAGCUAUAUGCUUACGAAUCUGUACGCUUUGUAAUAUGUAAUUCAUUAAUAGUACUUAAAAAAUU